UUCUUCUAAAUAUAAAUCUCAUAACGGCAUUAAAGAUUUACAAAAUCUAACAUUUGUACUAAAAACCUCGUAACCUUGCCUUGUUACAAACGUUUCUCUAUGAGUUUUGUUAAAAAAAUUUAUAAAAAUUGUCCGGUUUUACUGAAUUGCAAAAGUUAGAGUGAACAAUACCGUCUCAAAAUUCAUUUCAUCUUCCUUACAAAAACACGAACCUGACUCGCACGUGUCUAAAAAACUCAUGUUUUUUGUUUUUUUCACCAAAAAUUUAAUUCGACCACAAAACACGAAGCGUUCUCACCAAAUGACAGGACUAAGUGUUGCAUAAUUGCAAAAUUAGUGCAACAUAAUAUUUAAUCAUAAUUACACCUCCGACAUGUCUGGUCUUCUUCUUAGAUUACGUUACAUGCAUCGUAAAGUGCGGUGUAUCACAUGCCUCGAGACAAUUAAGUUGCUUCCCUUUCCAACAAAAAUGUCAAAUUACUGGUUUACAUGCAACAAUAAUGAGAACAAUUUGUCAUUCUCGAAACAAAAUUCAAUAAAACAUGACUUUAAUGCGACACAAUAAACACACUCGCAUUUCACGCGGAUGUUUGUAACUUGUAACUUUUUUUAAACAAUACUUUUCUACUUUUUACAAAGAAGCACGUUCUGUCUGUGCAAAUUCAUAAAUUUUCAUUUUGUAACUAGAGUUUUCCUCGUAAUCUUCAUAAGCCGGUGUAUAGGUUUACCACGUUACAAAAUUCUGUGCGUGUUUUCAAGUUUGCAGGAAUCUGACAAUUUUGGAUUGUCUCAAAUUAGCAUAAUUGUUUUCAAGUUUUUAUUACAAAAAAUACCGUUUAUACGAUUUUGCAACUUGAUUUUCACUCGCAAUAUUUGUAAAUAAAGGUUUGUUGAAAUUUAUAAAGUUUACAAAUAACAAAGAGAAGUUCUCAAUUACUCAAAUGGAAUAUUUCUCUGUAACAAUGCUCCAUUAAAUUUAACAAGAGUAUAAACAUGUCAAUCAACAAUUAUUUAUAAACCUCUUAACGGAGCGUGCAUAAAGUAAUCGAUGGUGUUUUUUUGUCAGAGAAGAAUAGAAUGUCUUGAGUCCUACCCCCUCAAAAUGACGUGCUUUAUGCACUUCCCCAAAACCAAAGAUAAACCUGUAAAGUGUCAGUUUUAUUCGUUUGUUGCCACACAAUUACAUACGAAUUUAUUUGCUUGCGCAUACAUAAAUAUUUUCCUCAUCGUUAAGAAAACAUUAAACAAAUUCAAAUUUCUCAGAAUUCCACUACGAUUAAGUUCCAUCUACUCGUAUAAAUUGCAGAAUUUCUUCAUAAACCUACACAAUUUAGGCCGGAAAAUCACAGUAUUUUAAUAAAAUAUGUUCCUAAUUUGUAAGAAUUGUUCGUCACAAAUUUAUCUUACUUCACAGUCUUAAACUGACCACAAAAUGUCAAAUUCUAUACAAAAACCAUUUAACCCUUAUGUAUCUGUAUACCAUCCACGCCAACUUUGUAAAUUUUAUAUUUUUUUAUUUUGGUAGUGUAAUACGACGAUUAAAAAAUUUCGAUUAACUAUCAUCGUUACACACAAAAGUUUAAACAUGGUAAAGCUUCUAGUUCAUUUCCUUUAUGAAAACUUUCUGAAUUUACCAAGCUUACAAAUUUUACGUACAAUGUAUAAUAUUAAUCUCGCAAAUAAUUUUACAAAAGUUACACAGUUUACAUAAUUACAAACCCUUCAAACAAGAAUUACAUAACUCAUUACUCUGCUGACUAAUAAUAUGAUCUCACUCUAAUUGUUUACAGGAUGUCCUCCUCUUCUUACUCAUCAUCAAGAUAACCCCUUAUCCACAUCCCCAUUAAAAACCAUGACGCUUAUCUCCUUCCACCGCCGCCACUGUUCGAUAAGUGGUUACAAUCUCCUCCUCCUCGUCGUCAUCCUCUCAGCCGCCACCAGGUCGAUCGCGAUGAUUGCGGACUACGACGCUUCGGACUACGAGGUGACCUUUAUUCCGUGGGGGGCGAGGUGCAAGAUUCCCGCGGGAGGGGAGCUCCUCCUCCCGCACGACGGGUGUGACGGGACGAAGGGCAUCAUCUGCCAGAAGUACUCGCAGGGCAACUAUUGCGGCUGUCCGAUCGAGUCCCCCUUUCUCUCGUAUGACAAGCGGAGUGGCGAAUGCAGACGAAAGCCUGGUGAACUAUGCAAAUACGUCAACACGACGGCACACCCCGAUAUUUAUGACAAGCUUCCCAGGAUAGUGAAGUGUCAUCAGGCAGCAGAGUGUGUAAAACGCCUGGUCACGUCCUCCGAGGCGCUGGCCAAACCGACCACCAAGGAGGAGUCAAAAUGCGUCUGUCGCUGGGGUUAUCUCGUCUCACGGGACGGAUUGAGUUGCGACUCUGUCAACAAAUCCGCCUCCCUCUUCUCCUCCGGCCAGGAGAGGAACGUCAUCGUCUUAUCCAAUCUCCUCGGUCUUAUCUUCCUCCUCCGCUGGUGGCAAUGACGAUAAGUGCAAACGUUUUGGUGAUAAGUGCAAAAAAAACAGUUUUUUACCGCAAAACAGGGGUGCAAAAUACCUGAAGAAAUUAACUAGUCAAAGUUAAUUUAAUAUAUAAUUAACCGCGAGAGAUGUGACUUCCGGUCAACGCCAAACGCCACAACUCAUCGUCAACGACGACGUAAGAGCUCAGAUUACACGAGAUUCGCAAAUUAUUUCAGUAAUUAUUGAUUCCUAUAAAUAUUUUAGAGUAGAUAUAUUAAUUACAUUUAUAUAAUUAGUUAUUUACGCAAUUCACUCGGACGUUUGUAAUCCAGCAAACUGUAAAAUAAUUUGGCACACAUUCGCAAAAUAUUCGUAGAGACGCCCGUGAUCUGUGUAAGUUUGCAAUUUGCAAUUUUUGUAAACCUGUAGAAACGUGUGUGCAAUAAGUUUGUGGAGUUUACAAUCAUCCGAGUGAAUUGCUUAAUAUUCGUUACUUAUUAACGAAAAAAGAUGCCACUCGACUGCUAAAUAUAUUUAGUUUUAGUUCAUUCACUAAACGUUAAUUAGCAAUUAAGAUUUAAAGUCAAUCAAAUCAUUAUUCAUUAAUAAGUUAAGUUUGUACUGUAAUUAAGUUCUUGAGCAAUAAUUAACUUGCUGAUAAAUUAUUCUUCACCAAUUUCUGCUCUCUAAUCUUCUCAUGCAACUAUAUUUAUUUUUAUGUAAAGUUUUAAAAAAAAUUGAAAAACUCAAUAUUUUCAGAUUAAAAACAUGCCAUGUUAUUUUCCGUUUGCAAACAAUAUUAGUGCAAAAAUUAUAUAAUUAGAGAAAGAGUUAUAUCAUUUUGUCGAAAUUUUUAGUGCUUGCGAAAAAUAAAUUUGUAUAAA